AUGAUCAAAUGUCAGUUGUCAAAUGAAAAGGUUAUCAAAACUAAGAAUAGGAAAAACUUGGGUAAAAUCAUAAAAUUUGGAGUACAGUACAGUGUUUUAUUGAUCGGAAAAUAAAUGGUGAAUCGUUAAAAUUUUCGAGAAACAAAGAGGAUGGCAUCAACGGGUAGUACACCUUUUCCUAAAUGGCAGCUAGCCAUCCUUCUCGGCGCUCCUUUGGCAAUCGGUUUAGGUUACCUUUAUCUAAGAAAUAGAUUAGAGGAUCCUGAAAAGAAAAAAGUAGCCGAGUUGAAAGCGAAGACCACGAUCUCCUUGGAUAACGAAGACAACGCCAAAGCAGCGGAAAGUGCUAUAGAGCGGGCCAUGAAAUUGAAGGGUGCUGGAAACCGAGCAUUCCAUGCAGGUGAAUAUGAUAAGGCUAUUUCUCUGUACAAUGAAGCUAUCGAAGCAUGCCCACCCGAUCGCCCUGUUGAUCUGGCUACGUUUUACCAGAACCGGUCCGCUUGCUACGAAAAACGAGAAAUGUGGGAGCAAGUGAAAGAAGAUUGUACUUUUGCACUUAAACUCAAUGAAAAAUAUGUCAAAGCGUUUCUGCGGAGGUCUCGAGCCGCCGAAAAGAGCGGCGAUCUCGUGCUCGCGCUAGAGGAUGUGACUUCUGCUUGUAUUCUUGAAAGAUUCCAAGUGCAAAGUUCCCUGGUCAAUGCGGAUCGCAUUCUCAAAGCACUCGGCAGGCAACAUGCUCGCGAAGCUCUCGCUAAAAGACAACCGGUCAUGCCAUCCAAACAUUUCAUCAAGACUUACUUUUCUGCUUUCUCUGAAGAUCCUAUUACAAAAAUGUAUGUGGAUGAAAAGGAUACUGGUGGUUUUGCAAAAGCAAAGAGUGCACUGGAUGCUCAAGAUUAUGAAUCAGUAGUCGAUGCAUGUACUGAAGAGUUAGAUAGUGACGGGAAAUACAAAUAUGAGGCCCUACUCUUGCGAGCAACAUUUUAUCUCCUUCUGGGAAGACAUGAAGAUGCACAGGAUGAUCUUGCAAAAGUGAUUGAAAGUGAUGCACCUACUAAAAUUAGAGUCAAUGCUCUUAUUAAGCGAGCUUCACUAUUCACACAAUUAGAAAACACGGAACGCUGCUUGGAGGAUUUCGCCAAUGCUGCAAAGCUGGACCCCAACAACUCUGACAUCUAUCAUCAUCGGGGCCAAGUGUAUUUGCUGUUGGAACGAAUGGACGAGGCCACUGCAGAGUUUGCUAAAGCUGUGGAGCUUAAUCCUGAUUUCUCCAUUGCUUACAUUCAAAAAUGUUAUGCUGAUUACAGACAUGCACAAUUGCACAAAAAUGUUGGAGCUCUGACACAAGUGCGAGCUGACUUUGAGCGUGCCCUGGAAAGGUUCCCGAGAUGUGCUGAAGUCUACAUCCUCUAUGCUCAAGUGUUAUCAGAUCAGCAGGAGUGGGGUCGUGCUGAAGCUCUGUUUGAGUCUGCGUUGGCUGUUGAUCCCAAUAAUGCCACAUUAUAUGUACACAAGGGACUUGUUCAGCUUCAAAAGAGCACAGAUUUUGAUAAAGCUGUCAAGUUAAUUAACAAAGCUAUUGAAAUUGAUGACAAAUGUGACUUUGCAUAUGAGACAUUGGGUACAAUUGAGGUACAAAGAGGCAAUCUACGAAGAUCAUUAGAGCUUUUUGAAAAGGCUAUUGCGCUGGCUAAGACAGAACAAGAGAUGACCCACUUAUUUUCACUGAAAGAUGCUGCAGCUGCCCAGUUAAAGGUAUCAGAACGUUGGGGCUUAGAUUGGACUGUCAGUUAGACUAAAUUCUGGGCUCAGUUUUACAAGCACAACGAGAAAAAAUCCAGUAUGGUUAUGGUACGUCCAAGUAGUUUGGCAACAUUAAAUGCUUUUUAAAUAUUUUAAUUACUUUUCUAUUGUGGCUAAUUCCGUUGUACAUAGUCUCUAUAGGUCUAAACAUAUUUUUAUUCCUUUCUUAUUGCUCCUUGUGGAUAAGGAUGAUAGCAUUAGAUUUUGACCUGUCAAUUUAGUUUAGUUUAGUAUUGGGUACAAUUGAAUUAGCCACUGCCUUAGUUCUUUAAAUGUUUUACAUAAAUGUGUUAAAAACUGUUAUAUUUUAAUAACUGAUAUAAUUUGGCUGUACAACUCAGUCGCGUUAAGUUUGCACCUCACUGGAAUGCGGCGCCUCUCCCACUUAUCCACUCACCUCCCUGCGGUCGUCUUGUCGCUCAGUACGGUUCGUACCUAAACGUCAAUCAGUGUGACGUAAUCGACGCGAGGUGCAAACUUAACUUGACAGAGUAGUAUAGAUUUUCAUGUCUUGUAUUGGUAAUUUUAGAAGAUUUCAAUAGAGAUGUGAGGUUAAAGUCAUUUUUUUAGUAUCACUACUUAAUAUUGGAAAAAAUCUCGUUGUGAACUAAUUGUGCUGUAAUUAUUACCAUAUAAAAUGCCCACCCGCCAUCAACUCGUCGCUUCUUCUCCAGGCCUUUUCCUAACAAAGAACUAUGAAUUAUUAUUAAUAGUCACCUGUAAUAUGACUUCAUUGAGUGUAGCAUACAUUUUUAUUUAUACAUAUAAAUAUACAAAUAUUACAUGUUUAUGUGUAAAAACAGUCUCAAAGUAUCUCAUAACUGCCUUUAUUUGUAGUAAAUAUUAAUAAAAUUGUUUGUUACAAAAAUUAACUUACUAUGAUAUUAUUAUAUAGACUAUAGUAUAUUAUGUACGUACUUAUAUAAAAAGUGCAUAUUUUGUUGGUAUUACAUUUAUCACAUAUUCAAUUUUCAAUUGUAAUUUUUAUUACAGUCCUUUUAAUUUAAUUAUGCAAUAUUUUUUAUUACCUAUAACAAGCAUUUCAAAAUUAUGCACUACUUCACAUUGAAGUUCUUAAUUCUUUUAAGUAAUUAUUAUCUUAGUAAGGAUUAGUAUGUGACAUUUAAAUUAUAUUUAUUAUGUAUAUUGCAUAUAAUAUAAUAAUUAAAUAUUGUAUUAAAAUUUAAAAUUUUUAUCUAAAAAUCUUAUUAGGUAUGUUGUAAUAUAUUGAUUCAUUUUAUUAAUAAUAAUAUAAUAUUGUUUUAGAACAUUACAAAUUUCUGUUAAAAUGCUUAAGUUUUUCUUAUGUCAGUAAGACAGAUUAACCUGUGUGUUUUUUACUUAAUUGUGACGAAAAACCGGUGAUAUCAGACGGGAGGCUCACUUUUUAUUCAUUCCUGUCUUUUAUUCAGCAUCCAUCACUUGAAGUGAAGCGUCUGAACACAAAAUGAAUCAAAAGUGACUAAAAUAAAUUCAUAAGUGAACUUAUCCAACUAUGUUAGAUUAGCAUACUGGAAUUUGUAAGCAACUUACUUUAUUUAUCUCGGUCGAUUUUUCAAUCGCCAAAUAAUAUUUAACAGCUGUUUUUUGAGGUUUUGACGGAUUUUGUAUUGGAAAUCUGUCAAAAAGUCAGUAGUUAGUUAAAGUUUAUUGGCUGAUUGAAAAUCAGACUAAAAGUUAGUGGCAUAGUUUUAUCAAUAAUUCUGGCAUUUAUCUUUUUAGUGAAUAUUUAUAAAUGUGUUGUGCAUAUUGUAAACGUUCCUUAUUUACCACUAUACUACCUUUUCUAGAUUAAUUAGUUCUGUAACUUGAAUGAAAAAAAAAAACGUAGUGGGAACACAUGUAAUUA